AUGCAGCUGGGUUGGUUUAGUCUUUCUUCCUUUAACCAGGCUGCAUACGAUCACUACGAGAAGCUCGAAAACGGCGACAUGAGCUGGGUUAUCCCGGGAAAGUUUUUGGCGUUCAGUUGUCCUUCAGUUGGUGCUGCAGCAAUAAGUGCAAAAAACAACAAAGAAGAUGAAUACAACAACACCAGCAGCAGCAGCAGCAACAGCAGCAGCAGCAGCAGCAGCAGCAGCAGCAGCAGUGGUACUACAGGCAACUGCGAUCCCUCUUAUUAUGUUCGUGUUUUUAAAAAAUUAAAUAUUAAACUCGUCAUCAGACUCAAUAAAAAAAUGUACGAUGCAAAGGUAUUCACAGAUGCAGGCAUAGACCACCAAGACCUCUUCUUUCUCGAUGGUACAUGCCCCCCCAGAGAUGUAAUGAAAAAAUUUGUAGAAAUUUGUGAAGCUUGUGAUGGUGCGGUGGCUGUACACUGCAAAGCGGGGCUGGGCAGGACGGGCUCGCUCAUUGGCUGCUACGCCAUGAAAAACUACAAGUUUCCAGCGCUGGCGUGGAUUGGGUGGAACAGAAUUUGCCGCCCGGGGAGCGUCUUGGGGCCGCAGCAACAUUUUCUCUGUGCUAUUCAGGAUGAGCUGAUGGAGAUGGAGGCAGCGCCUGGCUGCGCCUCUGUGGUUCCUUCAUCGCCGCUAGAAAGCGGCAAAUGUGGCAGAGUUGAUAGUCUGGCGCGUUUCUUGGAGGUGAGAAUUCAGGUGUAUGUACACCUCAGCUGCAUGUACACCGCAACACACCACCAACUAAACCCAUACAUAUAG